UCUAAUUCAUUCCUCGUGAGCAAAGUGAUUCCGUGAAUUAGCUGCAGAGGUGGCCGGAGGAUCGAGCUCAGCACGGAGACAACGAGUGAGUGGCAAAAAGCUGCUCUGAAUCGCUGUGCUGUCUGCAUCCUCCGCGCCCAGUCCUCACCUUUGGAUCGGGACCCUCUCCGGCUCUCCCUCCGGGGUCUUCCGUCCCCGGACCUUUCUGUGGUCCACUCCCUUCCCUUUGCAGAACCCAGAUUACACAGACCGUCCGAAUUUCAAAACGAUUUGACUUUGUGCCUUGCUGCAUGUUUGUCUCAUGAAUCCAUGUCGGAGCAGAUUAUGUUUCGCCGGUAAUCCAAGAGCACACACUUGAGUUUCACUGUGCAACACAUCUGACCAUACCAAGGAAGCAGAUGCAUCUUAGCACACUCUGAUUUUUGAGCAUACCAAGGAAACAUUCUGAUAAGCUAGCUGCUGCUCGCGCUUUCCCACCGCACCUUUCUCCGGCUCCCACCCGCGGCAAACUUUUCCGCCAUAAAAAGUGCCUCUGCGCCCGGCACGGCAGCUCACUCCCCUGCUGCACUGCCCGGCCAGCCAGCCAGUGCAACGCGAGCAGAGGGGAUGAGCGCCUGGUUCUACAAGCUGCGGCGCAAGAGGGGCGGGGCGAUCGCGGGUGGCGACCCCGACGACGGCGCCGACAAGCCGGUGGCGCCGGCGCCGAGCCCCUGCUCCCCGAACAGGGCGUCCUACUACGUCCCGAGCCGGGACCGCGCCCUCCCGCAGCGCCCGCGCCCCGCCAGGGAGGACAACCCCAAGCUCCAGGACACCCAAUUCCCGCGCAGCCCGCACCCGAGCGACAUCGUCUUCGACGUCGUCGCACGCCGCGACGACCGCUUCAAGGCCAUGCCGGAGCUCAAGCUGCGGCCCAUCCUCACCAAGCCGGCUGCCAGGGCCGACGCCGGCGCGGCCUCGGACAGCAGCAGCGCGGCCGCGUCGCCCACGGCCAGGGUGCGCCCACGGUUCCACGCGAGGCCGCCGCAGAGCCGCAGGCGGAAGGCAGAGGAGGAGGACGAGGCCUGCAGGCAAAAGAGUCGGCGGCGUCGGCGGCGGCGCGCUUCCAGGCUUCGGUCGUGGAUGUACGAGAGCCUGGUGGUGGUGAAGGAUUCGGCCGACCCCGAGGAGGACUUCCUGGAGAGCAUGGCGGAGAUGAUCGCGGCGAACGGCGUGCGGUCGCCGCGGGGACUGGAGGAGCUGCUCGCGUGCUAUCUCGCGCUCAACGCCCCCGACCACCACCGCGCCAUCGUCGCCGCGUUCCGGCGCGCGUGGGUGCACCUGCACCGCGUGCCGCCGACGCCGCGCUGCAUGCACGAAUCACGAUUGGAUUAGCUAGCUAGUUUACUUCACCGAUCGCUGCGUGCAAACGCAAAGAUCGCCGCGUGCGUUCCUGCUGUGCAUGGUGUGGAUGAUCCGGGGCGCGCGUGCUCGCUCGCGCGUUCAUGUGAAAAAUUGUGGUGUGCUAGGGUGGAGCAGUUAUGAUCAGGGUUCAGAUCAGAAGACCGGCUGAUUUGUUUUUCCUGCGUGGAAACGUCACUCUUAUUUGGUGUUGAUGUUGCUGCUGAAAAGCUGAAGGGUCGCUUUUCAAAAAAAAAAAAGAAGCUGAAGGGUCGAUCGAUCGUGUGCAGGCUUUACAGAACAACUUGCGUCAGAAAAAAUGGAUUAGUUCAUCUUUUCCUUUUACCUUUUUUUUCCCCAUGGACCGAUGCUAUAGACAGUAGCUAAUGAGACGAGGCUUUGCGUCGCUGAUGACGACGGUGCAAAUCUCUCCUUUUUUGGACAGUUACUUUGGAAGUACCAGACACACGUCGCGUCCCGAUUCGCACGUGUGAUUUCCGACUUGAGUUUAAUAGUAGGUUUUCUUUCUUUCUUUU